AUGGGAGUGACCUCUACCGAGGAGACGAGACCCAGCCCGAGAAAUCCCCCCCUCCGAUCUGCCUGUCGGGAAUCUCGUGAAAUCUGGCUGCAAAACUACAUCAUAUCCGAGAUUCAAUUAUCGCAUGAAUGGGAAGUCAAAUUGGGUGUGAAGCCGCACGCGUUUGGGAACUGCAGAAAUACACAGUGUGUAAGGCUCAAGGCUCGUUACCCGGUUCGAUCCCAUAUGAUACCACACGAACACAAAUAUUAUUUGAAUUCGGAUGGGAGAUUAUUCUACGUUGUUGUUCGUGGUUUCAUCGACAUGGGUCGCGAUACUUUGAUUAUGGAUCCCGUACUUUUUUCCUUGGUCAAUGGCGAUUUGGGAUUGGGACCUCAACAUCUCAAGCUAAGGUCCAUAGCAUAUACUUCCAGCAUCGAGUAUCGUCCAUUGUGGAAGCCACCGGGAAAUAAUGGAAGAUAUGAGGUAGUUGAAGGCAUUCGACUCUUGAUCUCUGAUAGAGGUAGUGGCUAUCAUGUAGCAGAUCCCGAUAUCAACGAGACUUUCGUCGACUUACAAGCCGGCAAUGCAAGGAAUGCUCUUGUGCGUAUUGGGGAACCGGAAGAUCUCCCUGCAGAUAAGGAGAAGAAUAUUGCAAGCAAAGAUAUGUGGAACUUCAUUACCCAGUGCUGCCCACAGAUUUCCAGUAUCCAAUAUAUCCUUCUUGGUGAAACAAACACUGCAAUCGUCAAUUGGGGCGAUCCUGGCAAUCCACCUGGGCGAAAGGUGGAUGGGAAAUACACGGCAUCAUCUCUUGCCACUCUAUCCUUCUGUCCGGGAGAUUAUCAUGAGCCCAAUUAA